GCCAGGGGCAGAGAGAGGUCACCCGGAUGGAAUUUAUAAAGCACCUUAGAAAGUCACUUAAGGGUUUUUUGCAUGGUUUUGUGCAUAGGUCAUCUUGCUAAAGUACAGUGACAUCAGAGAGAGGUGACAUCACACCCAGAAAAUCAUAUUUUAAUGGGAUUACAUUUAAAGUGACAUCACAGUGCAGUGAAUUCACGUAGUGAUAUGCCAGCACACUGUUAUGUCACGUGACAUCACAUUGUGCAAUAUCAGGCCACAGUGACAAGUGACUUCACACCACCACAGGUGUUGUGUAACAGUGAUGUCACUACACAGCAACAGCACCACAGUGACCUCAUGUCACUGCGCUGUGACAUCACACCUACUGACAAUGCAUUAUGACUGUGACCUCGUGUCCCGGAGCAAUCACACAACGCACAUUGCAUGAAGUUGCACACUCAGCAAUGACAUCACAACACAGUGAUGCUAUCACAUCACACUGCCCUCAUCUCACAUCACAGUGAUGUCACAGUCACGCUUGGGGACCCUUUGCUAGCUCUUUGUAUCGCACCGCAUCCUAGUGAGAUCACACUCCAUGGGUCUUGGGAAUGGGUGGCGGGGGAUCUGACCGGGCAGACUGCCUGGCAAUGUUUAGGGAGUAUGUCCGUGCCCAGGUAAAUUUUGAGAAGGAACACAUGCCGUCCACAGUGACCAUAGAGGCAUCCUGGGAACGAUGAGCUCUGUGGGUGGUUAGUGCCAUUAUUGACAGAGGUGGAAACAUUUCAGUUUAAUAUCAUUUGUCUUUUAGUAGUGUAGUAAUUAUGUUAGUCACUGGUUUGUAUAUAUUGUAACACUGAAUUUGCGGUAUUUUGUUUAAAAAAGUGACAUCACAUUGCACAAAUGACAUCAUAAUGUAUCAUGCAAGAAUGACCACAGACCUCGUGGGAAUAAGAUGAAGUAUUUUUUGUGAUUUUAAAGAGGAAAAAAGAAUCCUUCUCCUCACUUCAGCACAAUUCUCGUCUCUGAGGCACUGUGUAGCUGCCUCAGGGUCUUGUGAAGAUGUGUAAAGUCGACUUUUGGCCAUAGAGCAGCACAGCAUGAGAAUAAGCUCUUCAGCCGACGCUGUCUGUGCCAUCGUGACGCCUGCACACUGGUCCACACGUGUGUGGAUGUAUGUUAAAUGUGUAAAUGUAGGAGCCCUGUGCCUUCUCCCUCCCCCCCAUACUAGCAACAUUCCCCAAAUGAGCACAUUCAUCAGGUUUGCGAGCCCUGCUGCAGCAACAGAGCUUGUCCGAACUCCUCUGCUACUUCCAUUGACUUGUGGAGCUGUUGUUCACAUGUAGAAUCCAGACCGUGUGCUUUCCUCGCUGCUGCCGUCAGGCAGGAGGGGCAGAACCCUCAGCCGAACACCACCAGGCUGAGUAACCCUUAUAUUCCAACAGGCAGCUGUUCUUGAACUGACCUGCCUCAGCAUUGCAGCAUUCGAGCUGCCGUGGACUUGUCUCCGAAUGUGUCUUUGUUUUGUUCCCACUAAGAUCUUGUUUUUGCAUGUUCAGUCAGUAUGGUAUAUUUUUAUGUAUAGUUUAUAUAUAAUUCAUGUUCUGUGUGUUCCUGUAGAGCUGCCGAAAGUGUUCUUCAAUGUACCAUUUCACCGUGCACUCAACGACAAACUUGACUCUGACCCACUUCUCCCUCCAUCUAGAAACUAGUUCUCCACCCCUCCCCUCGCUUUGAUGGAUUUCUGCCCUGGUACACUUGCUAUCCAACCCCAUUCUGAUCCCCAGUCCUAACCCCACUCCCUCACGGCAACACCCUGGCUCUGAUCCACUCCCCAUCCUUUUCAUACUCUGUCUUAAUUUGCUUCAUGUUUCCCUUCCUGCCUGUCCCCUGUCCAGCCCGCUGCCUCCGAGUUUAUCAAGCUGCCCUCUUUAGACUACAGUCUGUAACGUGCAGCGGAUUACCGAUGCAGUGUCCAUGCACCUUCCUGGUGCUGAGAAUGCUUGUUGCAGGUUGCACUCUGACAAGCUGCUGCGGGACUCUUAUUUUCAGCCAGUGUCUUCUCGUAACGACACGUCAAGGGCUGGACUUUGUGGUUGGCCCUGACAACCUCACCACCUCAGUGGGUCUGAAUGCCCAGAUGCGAUGUCAGUUGAAGGGUGUCUCCAGAUGGCCCAACAUCCAUUGGCUAAAAGAUGGCGAGCAGCUGUACAAUGCCGAUUUCACCAGCGUGCCCCUCGGCGAGGAUGAGGUGCUGAGUGUCAUCAGGUUGAGGGGAGUACAACAGACGGACGUGGGGUGGUACUGGUGCACGGCCGAUGUGAAAGGAGCUAACAUUAAUUCAAAGAAGGCCUUUUUAACAGUAGAAGGCUUGCCAUAUUUCACAAUCCAGCCGCAGGAUAUAUACGUAUUUAAAGAUGCACCCUUUAAUUUAACGUGUGCUGCGAAUGGUCGGCCAGAGCCAAUGGGGAUUUUAUGGAAGAACAGUGGGGUCUUAGUUGAAGAAAGAUGGAACGAAUCCUUUUCAAUACUCACUGUUAAAGGAAUUAAAAGCCAGACAACCUUCACAUGUGAAGCGCAUAACGCAAAGGGAGUUGCUGUCUCCAGGACAGCAAGCGCCUAUGUCAAAGUUUCUCCAGACAAGCCCAGCAAGCUGAGGAUCGAUAACCAGACCUCCAGCAGUGUCAGCAUCUCCUGGGCUGUCACCUUCGACGGCUUCUCAUCACUACACAACUGUACGGCUCAGGUUUUUGAUCCCAACAAGGUCAAUGCUAGUUCAAACACUAACAUAUCCUUUGAGGUGACUUUUCCUGUGCCGCCAUACAGCUGCACAAUCGGAGACCUGAGUCCAUUUGCGACCUGUGGCAUUCGGAUCUGCUGUAGCAACGAGGUUGGGCCUUCAGAGUUCAGCGAGUGGAUGCAGUUUCGGACGUCUGAAGGAGCCCCGAGCGCCUCACCAGGGAAUGUGACGUACUUCUACAAUGGCUCAUCGUUUGUGAUUCAGUGGGAUGAGAUAGCAGCAGGCGAUGUACAUGGCGUUCUUCUUGGAUAUGUGGUGGAAUGGAGCGGAAAGGAGGGAAAAAAGGUGAUCCCAGUGAACGCGGGAACCCAAGUUAUCCUACGCCGCUUCGAUCCAUCUGAGAAGCAUUCAUUUCGGGUGUGUGCACAGACUGCAGGUGGCAGGGGCCCGUGGAGUGAACCAGCGCUCUUCCUAGGCCAGGAGCAAGAGUCCAGGAAUCGAAGGACACGGAUCUCAUGGGCACCUUUGAUCAUUGGCAUCCUGUGCGCAGUCAUAACUUUAAUCAGUGUGCUGCUUGUUGUCUACCACAUCCGGAAAAAGGAGCUGCAGUUUGGAGCUGCCUUUGCUCCUGUCCCUGCAUCCAAUGGAGUGGGCCAGGUGGUACAGUACCGGGCAGGACGGAGCUACAACCGCAGGGGAGCGAUGCGCAUCGAGGCCACAUUUGACACUUUGGAAAUUAGUGAUGCUUUGAAGCAGAAGCUAGAAGACAUCUUCAUCCACGAGAAGCACCUUGAACUGGGUCGGACGCUGGGAAGAGGGGAGUUUGGCUCGGUGAAGGAGGCGUAUUUGAAGAUGGAGGAUGGGUCCACUCAAAAGUUGGCCGUGAAAAUGCUGAAAACUGAAAUCUGUGCACCCGGAGACAAUGAGGAGUUCUUGCGAGAGGCAGCCUGCAUGAAGGAAUUCAACCACCCAAACAUCAUUAAGAUUAUUGGAGUGAGUCUCCAGAGUCGACCUCACCGGAGACUUCCUGUUCCCAUGGUCCUGCUGCCAUUCAUGAAGCAUGGAGACCUUCACACCUACCUUGUCCUGUCCAGGCUGGGAGACCAACCCGUUGAGAUUCCUUUUCAAAAGCUGUUGAAUUUUAUGAUUGACAUUGCCAAGGGGAUGGAAUACCUGAGCAGCAAGAACUUCAUCCACAGGGACCUGGCUGCUCGCAACUGCAUGUUGGACGAAGACAUGCGUGUGUGUGUGGCCGACUUUGGCUUAUCUCGGAAGCUGUACAGUGGAGAUUACUAUAGACAAGGGAGCAUGAGCAAGCUGCCUGUCAAAUGGAUUGCACUGGAGAGUUUGGCAGAUAAUGUUUACACGGUUUACAGUGACGUGUGGUCAUUCGGGGUGACCAUGUGGGAAAUAGCAUCAAGAGGUCAAACUCCCUACCCAGGGGUUGAGAAUGCUGAGCUCUAUGACUACCUCAUAUCUGGGCAGAGAUUGAAGCAACCCCCAAACUGCACCGAUAAGUUGUAUGACCUGAUGUGCAGCUGCUGGCAUGCUGAACCCAAGCACAGGCCUACGUUUGAGUCUUUGAAAGUGACACUGGAAAACAUCUUCCAGGGCCUUUCUCCAGUCGCAGAGCCGCACCAGCAUUUCUACAUGAACCUACAGAGUGGAGCAGGCGCUUCCGAGUGCAAUCCUGAUCGCAGUACGGUCUGCUGGCAAGUGGACCAACCAAGUCUGGACAAUGUGGAAGCCCCAGCUAUUUCAGACACUGCCGACUACCGUUAUGUGACAGCUCCAAUGAGUUUGGUGGAAGACACAGAGGACAACACAGCAAGUGAGGCAGAGGACUAUUUACAGGAUGGACAAGUGGAAGGGGAAAUCAUUAUCUGUCUUUGACAGCUGGAAAUCUGGGCCUAAUUAAUGAGCAGUGGGAUAAUAAAAUAAACUGAGACCAAACCCAUCAGCUGUGCCUUGAUACGACACACGGACUGAACUCCUGGAGCAAUGAUUCAAAUCUAAAAUGACUUUCACGAUUCCAUUGUCAAUUGAAAUGAUCAGUUUAUUGAACAUGGAAUAUUACUUACUGCAUAGUUUUCAUUGCACAGUUUUUUUAAUUUGAAUUAAAAGUGUUUUUUUAAAAAAUGUCUGUUCUCUUUGGGUGGUUGAUUGAAGCUGUAAUGAUUUUAGCUCUCGAGUUAAACCCUCAUAUAAUUGGGUAUCUAAAAUAUGGCCUUGUAUCUAUUCUCUCUCUCUCUGCUGCCCACUACGCCACUGGUGUUUAGGGCAGCAAUGAAUGUCUUCCAUCUUUGGCAGUGUUCAGGGCUUCUUUCAUGUCAGCAGCUCAGUUUUCACGACUGUCGGUCAUGCAGAGACUCGGGAAUAUCCUCACACUCAGAUGUUGAAGGAUUCUUCAUUGCUGUUUCUGUAAUAGUUUUGUUUGACCAAUCAGGGUUGUUAGUCCUGAGUUGGAAUGGUGGUCUCUACCCUUUGACCUGUUUGGCAUGGGUGACUCUACCAAGAGCCAAAACACAAAGCUCUGACUCCAGCCAACAUUGAGGCAGGCAAGCCUCCAAACCCUACGGCAGGGUUGUGGUCCUCUUGGAGGGGCUUUGUAUCUGCCUCACUCAUUACACCAGUAUGGCAGCCAAGGGAUCCAGACUGUGAGCUGGUGUAUGGCCAGAGCCACGUUUUAGUUGGAUAAAGCUUUAGCUCAACUACACUUGCAGUAUUGUGUGCAGCUCAGGUCACCCUGUUAUAGGAAGGAUGUGGCGGCUUCGGAGAGGCCACAGAGCAGGUUCACUUGGAUAUUGCAGGGAUUAAAAGGUAUGAGCUAUACCAAAGAGGUCAGGCAGACUUGCUUGGAUUAUUUUCUCUGGAGCAUCAGAAGAACUGAUAUAAGUUUAUUAAACAAUGAGAGGUGGAGACAGGGUAGAAAGAGUCUUCUUCCCCCCCCCCCCCGGAGAAGAAAUAUCAAAUACCAGCGAGCAGAACUUUAAGGGCAGGGCUUUUCAACCUGGGGUCUGCGGCCCCCUUUCUUAAUGGUUUUGGGAACCCCUGCUUUAAGGUGAGAGAGAUGAAGUUUAAAGAGGAUGUUUAGGGCAAGUUUAUUUUAACACAGAGUGUCAGUUGCCUGGGAUGAGUUGUGGUGGAGGCAGAUAUGAUAGUGGUGUUGAGGAGGUUUUUGGAAUAUACAGAGAAUGAAGUGAUAUGGAUGAUCUACAGGCAGGUGUUAUUUGGCAUCAUACUCCACACAGGCAUCGUGGGCUGAGGGGCCUGUUCUAUGCUGUGCUGUUCUAUGUUCCGGAGAAUUUAUUAACCUAUCGUGUAAUGUACCAUAAAUGAAAUGUUUUGGUUAGGGUUAUUGUAUAACAACUACUAAUCCACAAUAUCUGCAGAUCCAGAAUUAUACUCGACGGGUUGAGACAUACGGCAGCUGAUCAGAAAGAGCACUGAGGGAAGGAUUGCAGGAGGAAGACGAGCAGCUACAGAUUGCUUUGAUGUGGUGGACUGGUCCAUGUUUGAGGACAUCACAGUUGUCACAGACUUUAUAAAGUCAGUCAUAGACAAGUAUGCCCCCACAAAAUCAUUUUGAAUCUUUCCCCAACCAAAACCCCUGGAUGAACCAAGAGGUCCACAAUCUGCUGGGGGCUAGAUCACUGGAAUUCACGUCUGGUGACCAACUAAAAUACAAGCGGUCCAGGUACCACCUUCGAAAGCCGUGUCCAAACUGUGAUCACAGAAGGAUGCUCGACAGCUGUGGCAGGACUCGAAAAACCAUCUCCCAGAUGAGCUCACUUUGACCGAUAAAACAUGGAGGCACUUUCACAAAUUCCCAAAGCCCCAAUGACCCUGUGAUUCUGUAGGGUAAUGGAUGACAGAUGACACAUCUUGUUCAGAAUAGAAACUGUUCUACAUAAUUCACAAACACAACCAUUGAGUUGCUAUGUUCACUUUAAGAGACAAUGUCUGACGUAAUGACAUCAGUGUAAGGUGGCUGCUUUUGGUUUGUUCAUAAUGGAAGUAAAGGGGCUGUGGCUUUUGUUAAGCACAAAAACAUGACUCCCG